UUUUUCAGAAGUGCUGGGCGGUAAAUGGCGCGGCUGGAGGUGACCGGCGAUGUAAACAAAAACAAUGGCUGCCUUGGGACGGUCACUCUCUUCCCUCUCCCUGCUUCCCCGCCUCCCCGCGCUGCUCAGGGACGCCGCCAGGGUGUCCCCAGUAUGCUCCAGGCGAGGCUUCACAGCGGCCCAGCCCUUCCCUGUGGCGCAGUAUGGGGGUCGCUUCCACAGUCACCAUGAUUCCAGGUGAUGGGAUUGGCCCUGAAAUGAUGGGAUAUGUCAGGAAUAUCUUCAGGUAUGCAGGAGUGCCUGUGGACUUUGAGGAGGUUCAGAUCACCAAGGAUUCCACGGAGGAGGAGUUUGAGAAGGCCCUGGUGUGCAUCAAGCGGAAUGGUGUGGCCCUCAAGGGCAGCAUAGAGAGCAAGUAUGGGGACCCCUCCUUCUCGUCACGCAACGCCACCCUGCGCACACAGCUGGACCUGUUCGCCAACGUGCUGCACUGUCGAUCCCACCCAGCCGUGCCUGCCCGCUACCCCGACCUGGACAUUGUGCUCAUCAGAGAGAACACUGAGGGCGAGUACUCCAUGCUGGAACAUGAGAACGUGCGGGGUGUGGUAGAGAGCAUGAAGGUCAUCACACGCCAUGCCUCCGAGAGGGUUGCCCGCUAUGCCUUUGAGUAUGCGAAGAGGAACAGCCGCAGGAAGGUCACCGCUGUGCACAAGGCCAAUAUUAUGAAGCUCUCAGACGGCCUGUUCCUGGAGACUUGCCGGCAGGUGGCCAAGGAAUACCCAGAGGUGGAGUUUUCGGACAUGAUAGUGGACAACACCUGCAUGCAGUUGGUGUCACGGCCGCACCAGUUCGACGUGAUGGUGAUGCCCAACCUGUACGGCGCAGUGGUGUCCAAUGUCGCCUGCGGUCUGGUGGGUGGCCCCGGGCUGCUCUCUGGCAGAAACUAUGGUGAUCAUUUUGCAGUGUUUGAGCCAGGCACACGCAACACAGGGACAUCAGUGGCCGGCCUGAAUGUGGCCAACCCUAUUGCUAUGCUCAAUGCGGCCUGCGACAUGUUGUUCCACCUCGGCCUGGCCUCCCAUGCCACUCUCAUCAGCGGUGCCAUCAGCAAGACCAUCAAUGUUGACCAGAUUCAUACGGCUGACAUCGGGGGGCAGGCCACGAGUCUCGACGUGGUACAGAACAUCAUUCAUGACAUCCAGGAGAAGACCAAGGCUGGGAACUGGAUUUGAAACCACCGCCUAACAAGAAGGAACUAAUGGAGACAAGACGAGACGAGUUAUUAUUAAGAGAAAAAGAAAGAGGUCAGUGAUAGGCAGAAAAGAGAUUAAAUUAAAUUCAUGUACCGUACGUUUUUAGAUAACUGUACUAAUAGUGGAAGUGUACGAUAAUUAGAACAUUUUAUAGUCAGCGGUUAAAGAAAAUGGAAGGUUGUACAGAGGAAUAAAGAUAAUUUAUUAUUAUUAUUAUUAUUAUUAUUAUUAUUAUUAUUGUUAUUAUUAUUAUUAUUAUUAUUAUUGUUUUUUUUAUUUUUAUUAUUAUUAUCAUUAUUAUUAUUAUUAUUAUUAUUAUUAUUAUUAUUAUUAUUAUUAUUAUUAUUAUUAUUAUUAUUAUUAUUGCUAUCACAGUACAUCUUUCUUACCUAUACCGAGUUAUUGUACAUAGAAGGAAGGAAUUAGUAGUACUAGUAGUAUAUUGUAAUGUACAGUGUUCUUGUAAAUAGCUAUGAUAGACGAGUGUUUUGUUUGUUAUUAUGUUACUAUUAUAAUGAUGCGGUGGUGA